AUGACCCGAGCCAAUGACCCAGAUGAUGACAACGAUUCAGACGACGGCAACGAUUCAGAUGAUGACAUCGACGCAGACGACGGCAUCGACGCUGAUGAUGAUAAAAAACACGCUGACGACGACGCAGACGACGACAACAACAACACAGACGACGACAACGACGCAGUCGACCACAACAGUGCAGAUGAUGACGACGACGCAGCCGACUACAACGACGAAGGUGACGACAACAACGCAGAUGACGACAGCAAAGCACAAGACGACAACGACGCAGCUAACGACAACAACAACACAGAUGACGACAACAUCGCAGAUGACGACAACAACGCAGACGAAAACAUCGACGAAAAUGGCGAAAGCGUCGCAGACGACGACAACGAAGCAGAUGACGACAACAACGAAUAUGACAAAAACGACGCAGACGACGACAAAAACGCAGAUGACGACAACAACACAGAUGACGACAACGACGAUUAUAACGCAGAUGACAUCAACGACUCAGACGACGACAUAGACGACAAUGACGAAAACGACAUAGACGACAAUGACGCAGACGACAACGACUCAGAUGAUGAAAAUGACGCAGACGACGACAAGAACGCAGACGACGUCAACAACGCAGAUGACAACAUCGACGCAGACAAGACAACCAAGCAAAUGAAGACAAUGAGGACGAAGAGAAGGACUCAGAUGACAAAAACGAUGCAUAUGACAAUAAACGGCGCAGACGACGACAACGACAACGAUAACGACGAAGACCACGACGCAGAUGACAACAUCGACGACAAUGACGCAGACGAUGACAACAACGCAGAUGACGACAACGAAGCCGACGACGACAACGACUCAGAUGAUGACAACGGUGCAGACAACGGUAUGGACGCAGACGACGACAGCGACGCAGACGACGACAACAACGCAGAUGACGGCAACGACGCACACAACUACAACCACGCAGACGAUGACAACGAAGCAGAUGACGACACCAACGCAGACGAAAACAACAACGACGAUGACGACAACACAGAUGACGACAAUGCGCAGACUACGACAACGACGCAGACGACAACGUCGCAGAUGGCUACAGCAAUGCAGACGACGGCUAUGACGCAGACGACCACUAACACGCAGACGACGACAACAUCGCAGAUGAUGUCAACGACGCCGACGACGACAACGCUGCAGACGACAAUGACGCCGAUAACGACAUCAACGCAGAUGUCGACAACAACGCAGAUGACGACAACAACGCAGACGACCACAAUGACGCAGACGACGGCAAUGAAGCAAAUGACGACAACAAAGCAGAUGACGACAAUGACGCAGACGACGACAAUGGCGCAGUAG